GUCUAGUUUUUUUUUUUAUAAAAGGACGCUUUGCAGCAGUGUUUAGGGACGUUUUUCCGUUUGGUUUUUUUUUCUUUUUUUUCAAGGCUUUUUUAAAACGAAAACUGCUCCCGUUUACAACGACAAGCUUGUUUUUCUUUUUUAUACGGAUCGCUUUCGUACGAUUCCUCACUUGUUUUUACAAACUACUUUCCCUAUGCUAGCUAUGAGCAACCAAAAUGCGGACGUAGAGGCUCUUGACCAACGUUUCGCUUCUCUCGGCGUCAACGGCGCCUCCAACGAGAAUGGACAACGCGGUCCUCGUUCGCGAUAUGUUCCUCCCCACCUUCGUAACGCUGGCCCAGCUCCACAAGCUGAUGGUGAGCGCUCUGUCUCUCCGGCAGCUCCUGCACCUCGUGCCUCGGGCUGGGGAGCUCCUCGUGAAGGUGGCCGUGGUGGGUACAGCCGUGGAGGCGAUUUCGGACGUGGUGAACAGAACCGCGGUGGUGAUUGGGGAAAUCGCUCUGGAGGUGGCUUUGGUGGUGCUGGUGGUCGCCGCGAUGACCGUGGCCCUCGCCAGUAUGUAAAAGAUCCCAGCGAUGAAUUUGCUCACCGCCCCGAUGUCAAGCCUCGCGACAGUCGAUUGGAAACGCAACUUUACGGAAGUCAGCACAAUAGCGGUAUCAAUUUUGAAAAGUACGACGACAUUCCCGUCGAUGCUUCUGGACAUGAUGCUCCAGAGCCAAUCAAGAAUUUCGACGAUUCUCUUUUGGAUGAACUUGCGAAAUCCAACGUAAAGCUCGCUGGUUACCGUCAUCCCACACCCGUGCAAAAGUACUCUGUCGCUAUCGUGACCGCUGGGCGUGAUUUGAUGGCUUGCGCGCAAACAGGUUCCGGAAAGACUGCCGCCUUUUUGUUGCCAAUUCUCAGUCAAAACUUCAAGGAUGGUCCACCAGACCACCAAGCGGACGGUGGACAGCGCGGUGCUGGCGGUUAUGGCCGUAGCAGACCAAAGGUCACUCCAUCUACACUUGUCUUGGCCCCCACACGUGAACUUGCUCUGCAAAUCUACGAGGAAGCCCGCAAAUUUGCUUACCGCUCAUGGGUUCGCCCCUGUGUUUGUUACGGAGGUCAGCCAAUGGUCGACCAAGUCCGUGACUUGGAACGAGGCUGUGAACUGCUUGUUGCUACUCCUGGUCGUUUGGUGGAUCUUAUUGAGCGUGGCCGUGUAUCUCUGGCUGCCGUUAGAUACCUUGUGCUUGAUGAGGCCGAUCGUAUGCUUGAUAUGGGUUUCGAGCCUCAAAUCAGGCGUAUUGUGGAAAAGGAAGAUAUGGCUUCUGCAGAUGAACGUCAAACGCUCAUGUUCUCUGCAACCUUCCCCCGGAACAUUCAAAUGCUUGCAAGGGACUUUUUGAAGGAUUACAUUUACCUCACCGUCGGUCGUGUUGGUUCGACAUCCGAGAACAUCACACAGCGCGUAGAGUACGUGGAGGAGGCCGACAAGCAUUCCGUCCUUCUCGAUCUUUUAUAUGCCGAUGCCGAAACCUCUGAAAAGGAUAACAAGACGACACUUACUCUUGUGUUUGUGGAGACCAAGCGUUCGGCCGAUAUGCUGUGCAACUUUUUACUUCAGAACAAUUUCCCCGCAACGUCUAUUCACGGAGAUCGUACGCAACGCGAGCGCGAACAAGCAUUGCACUCGUUCCGAUCUGGCAGAACGCCCGUCCUUGUGGCAACUGCGGUUGCCGCGCGUGGUCUCGACAUUCCCAAUGUCGGUCACGUUAUCAACUUUGACUUGCCGUCCGACAUUGACGACUACGUUCACCGCAUUGGUCGUACCGGUCGUGCCGGUAACACUGGUAAAGCAACUGCUUUCUUCAACUUGCAACGUGACAAGGGUGUGGUCAAGGAACUUUUGGAAAUCUUGAUGGAGGCCAAACAAGACGUUCCCGAGUGGCUGGAUCAAUGCCGCCGCGAAGCUGAGCGUGAUAUGCAGUACCGAAGCUACAACCGACGUGGAGGCCGUGGAGGUAGCCGUGGAGCAAGCCGAUUCGGCGGAAAUGUUGACUACCGUAAGGAAACCGGUGGUUUUGGACCGCGUAGCGGCGGCUUUGCCGACAAACGUCCAGGCGGCCGUGACGAUUUUGGCGGAAGCCACGGUAGCGGAUUCGGUGGAUACGGCGGUGGUGGCUACAGCUCGGGCGGUAGCGGCGCGAACAACUGGUUCUAAGUGUGCGGUAACAGUGCUCUCUGGGACACAAAGGGCGGUCUGGAGGGCAGGUUUGAGAGUAGUCACAAGGGAAAUCCCACUUCCCAACUCAGCCCGGUUAUGUGCAAUGCGUGGGUUCGCGUAAUUUGGGGGAUAAGUGGUCUUGAUGGUUUAUUGGUUUGCGGUGUCGAACGACUGGCCUUGGGUUAUGUUCUCCAUUGGCCACUGUACAUAUCCCCUAUCUUUAUUAUUUUAUUAUUUUAGACUACUCUCGUUUUGUUUUCAAUGUUUUCAGUUUGAUUUUUCUAUAGAGAGGGAUUUGGAGUGGGUGAGGGUGUGUAGAGCAAAGUGCUCGUAUGCAGUUUGCACGCUUGUUUUGUAUUUAAAGAGAAGGUUUUUUGGGGGGGAGUGGAGCGCAACCUUUUCGCCUGGGGGAAGGGUAAGGGAAAAUGUACAAACAAGUUGGGUGCAUGGAUGAAUAAUUGUGUACGAGAUGGAUGAUAAUAAGCAAUUUCUUUCUCUC